UUCGAUUCUAACAAAUGCCCGCCUAAUGCUGCACCGAUUUGCCCACAAGGGGCCCAUUGAUGGUGGCCAAAAGUCUACUUGAGGACCCACCUUCUCACGUUAAAAUAUUUGGGAAAAAGAUUGUUUGGGAAAAUAUAGUAAGCCCACAAGAAGUAACAGCAAUCUGCAGAAGAAGGAGAAGGAACAAAAAUCUUCCUCUUUUUGCUAACACUCCAAGGUUUUUCUGCUUCUGAAAACCCGAAAAAUCUUUUUUUGUUUUCUGCAAGAAUUCUUGUUGAUACAGAAAGAGACAAAAAAAAAAAGAAUUCUUGAUGAUUUACAGAUACUAAAGCUUUUGUUUUUUGAGAUUCUGUGCUGCUGCUGCUGCUUCUGCUUCUUCUCUUGCUUUCUCUUUUCUGUCUUUUUCUGUUUCAAUUUUCAAGAUUUUGCUGGAAAAAGCAGGCCAUUUAGUUCACAUUCUUGUCCUCCAAGGGAUAAAAUUUUCUUUUGCUUUUCAGGGUUUUGUUCUUGUUUCUUGAGAAUUUUGAGGGAAUGGUUUUAUUGCCUGAAAUGGGGAAGGAGGGGUCUGUAUUUUCCGCUUCUAUGGAUUUGCUGUCUUUUGUGCUGUUUCUGUGCAUUUUUUCAUCAGUUUCCGGGCAGUUCUCUGAUGAAAGAAUGAGUCUUCUAGAAUUCAAGAAAUCGGUUUCCGACCCAUAUGGGAUUCUAAAAAGCUGGAAUGCUCAUAGCUUUAACCAUUGCACUUGGUUUGGAGUAACGUGCAAUUCAAAUCUCAGCGUCUCAGGGCUGGAAAUUGGAGGUAACAUUUCUCUUUCUCCUUCUUGCUCAUUGAAAUCAGGCUUAGCGUUGCAUGGCUCUGGAAUAGGAAGAAACUGCUCUGAUUCGUCUGAAAUAAAUGUAAAGUUGGUGGGGAGAAUGUCAGCUGUUAUAGGAAAACUCACAGAACUUAGGGUUCUGUCACUUCCAUUCAAUGAACUUGUUGGUGAGAUUCCUGUUGAAAUGUGGGGACUGAGAAAUCUUGAAGUUCUUGAUCUUGAAGGGAAUUCCCUUGUGGGAGAUUUCUCAAGUUAUGAAUUCAGUGUUCUGAGGAAAUUAAGGGUGCUUAAUUUAGCCUUUAACAGGAUUUCUGGGCUGUUUCCACCUUCCCUUUCAAAAUGCAGCAGUUUAAGGAUUUUAAACUUAGCGGGAAACAGAAUUAAUGAUAUCGUUCCUGGAUUCGUUGGCGGUUUCAGGAAGCUAAGAGUUUUAAAUUUGUCGUUUAAUAGGUUGGUUGGCUAUGUUCCAGGUGAGUUGGGAUAUGAUUGUGCGAAUCUAGAGCAUUUGGAUUUGUCGGCUGAUUCCCUAAAGGGGGAAAUUCCUCGUGCUUUGGGAAACUGCAGCCGUUUAAGGACACUUUUGCUGUCAUCAAAUUCGUUAUCCGGUGUUAUCCCUAAUGAGCUUGGAAAACUCCAAAACCUUGAAGUUUUAGAUGUCUCAAAAAACAGUCUACGAGGUCCUAUCCCCGCGAAUCUUGGAAAUUGUACUAAUCUGUCGGUUCUUGUUCUGUCAAGUCACUUUAAUGCUCUUCAGCUAAACAAGCAUCCACGUGGAGAAACGUCUCAUGGGUUUUCUGGUGAAGCAUUCGAUGAGUACAAUUCCUUUCAAGGUUCCAUUCCUGAUGAGAUUACAGCACUUCCAAAACUGAAGAUUAUUUGGGCUCCUGGUGCCAAUUUUGAAGGCAACUUCCCAAGAACCUGGGGCGGUUGCAACAGCAUAUCGAUGGUAAACUUAGCUCAAAACUCUUUUACCGGUGAUGUUUCUGGUUUGUUUACAGGAUGUGCAGAUCUCCAAUAUCUUAACUUGAGUGCCAAUAGGCUGACAGGGACAUUGGACAAAAAUCUUCAGGUUUCUUGUAUAACAAUGUUUGAUAUUAGUCGGAAUCUGUUAUCAGGGCCAAUCCCAAAUUUUACUGCCUGCCGCCAUCUGCCCUCCAUCAGAAAGAAGCUUGUCCCUCCAUACAGUCCUGCUGUUGCUUACUUGUCAUUUUUCUCAUAUAAGAUGCUUUCUGAAAAUACAUUGCCCUUUUCCAGAGCACGGCCUUUAAUGGUUCAUGAUUUCAGUCAAAAUAAGUUCAGUGGUUUGCUUCCUGUACUUCCAAUUGCCCCAGAGAGAUGUGCAGGGAAAAUUCAAUAUGCAUUUCUUGCUGGUGGCAACAACCUUGCUGGAUCAUUUGGUGAAAUCUAUUUUCAGAAAUGUGAUGCAUCAGCUAUAUUGGCUUUUAAUGUGAGCAGGAACAGACUUUCUGGAUCAAUACCAAAAUCCAUUGGGGCUCUAAAGUCUCUGGCUGUGCUCGACUUGAGCUGGAACAACUUGACUGGUCAGAUUCCAAAGGAUGUUAUGAAUUUGCAGAAUCUGGAGGUUCUUCUGCUCAACGGCAAUCAGUUGUCGGGAGAGAUACCUUUAAGAUUGGCAGAAAUGACUUCCCUUCGUUCAUGUAACCUUUCCUACAAUGAUUUUCAUGGGAUGCAGAUGAUGAACAAGAAUAUGAGUAUCUGUAGCAUUGAUCUUGGCAACCAUUGUCUUACCUUAACUUCAGUGUUCGUAUCUGCUCCAAUAAUACAUCGGAAAAGUGGUAAGAAGCCAAAAAGGCAUGUGCUUCCCAGACCAGAACAUCAUUCUAAAAGCAGAAGUAGUGGACUUUCUCUCUUUAAUGUGGCACUCAUAAUAUCUGCCUCAGCUAUUAUUGCGGUUUUUCUGGCUUUCUUGGCCCUAUUUUGUUACACCAGAAAGGGGAAAAUAAUUUCAAGAAUCGACAUUCCUGCAUCACCUCAAACUGAUAAAGUUACUGUUUUCAACAACAUAGGUGUACCUUUAACGUAUGAGAGCAUUGUUCAGGCAACUGAAAAUUUUAACAGAAGAAACUGCAUCGGAAAUGGAGGAUUCGGCUCUACUUACAGAGCCGAAGUCGCUCCAGGAAACACCGUGGCGGUCAAGAGACUCACUGCUGAAAGGCACCAAGGCGCCCCACAGUUCCAUGCAGAGGUCAGCAUUCUUGGGGGGAUCAAACACCCGAAUCUCAUUACUCUGAUAGGCUACUACGCCAGUCAGGCGGAAAUGUUCCUGAUAUACAAUUACCUUCCGGGAGGAAAUUUAGACCGGUUCAUCCGCGACAGAGCCAGAAGAGGCUUUAACUGGAGCAUACUUCAUAAGAUUGCCCUUAAUGUCGCCUCUGCACUUUCUUAUCUGCAUGACCAGUGCAAUCCACGUGUUCUGCAUCGAGACAUCAAACCUAGUAACAUAUUGUUGGACAAUGAUAACAAUGCUUAUUUGUCAGACUUUGGAUUGUCAAAAAUUCUUGCAAUUACCGAAACACAUGCAACUACUCGUGUAGCUGGAACUUAUGGAUACAUAGCUCCAGAAUACGCACUGACAGGCCGGGUAUCCAAUAAGGCCGAUGUUUACAGCUACGGUGUGGUACUGCUGGAACUAAUAUCAGACAAAAGGGCUCUCGAUCCCUCAUUUUAUUCGCAUGAAGACGGCUUCAACAUUGUCUCAUGGGCUUGCAUGUUGCUAAAUCAAGGUCAGGCAGGAGAUGUUUUCACAGCUGAUUUAUGGGAAUCGGGUCCUCAGGAUAAACUGGUGAAGAUGUUGCAUGUGGCCAUCUUAUGCACCGUUGAAUCACCUUCUGCAAGACCGACUAUGAAGCAAGUCGUGCAACGGCUGAAGCACAUCCAAGCCUCCUAGCGUCUAAGCUAAGCAAAGGAAGUCUAUAAUUGACUAAAUAAAAGAGACUUUGAGUUGUAGUUCUAUCUGUCAUAGUGAAGAUGGCCAGGUAUAGCUAGAAGAUUGCCUUUAGUCCAACAGUAUUUAUGAAAAGAUUUGACAUAUGCGACUGAAAACGUCAAAUGAUCAAAAUAUCUCUCAAUGCUUGUAUCUGAUUCCUUCUAAAUUUUGACAUGAACUCAAAUGCAUGCCAUG